AUGACAAGCGGAUUGCGAUCGGUGAUGGUCGCCGUCGUCGCGGCGGCGGUGGCGGUGAUCCUCGUCGAAUGCCAACAAGACAAAGAUCUCGUCAAGGAUCUGCCCGGAUUGUUGUUCGAGACCAACUUCGACACCUAUUCGGGAUAUGUCGACGCGAAUGCCAAAGGCACUUGGAAAAUGCAUUAUUUGCUGACCGAAUCGCGAUCGAAGCCCGACACCGAUCCGCUGUUGGUGUGGUUCAAUGGUGGGCCCGGGUGCAGCUCGCUUGGCGGACUAUUCGAGGAACUGGGACCAUUCUAUGUCAACUACGAUGGCCGAACGCUGUAUGAGAAUCCGUACGCGUGGAACGCGAAGGCCAAUGUGCUUUAUUUGGAAUCGCCCAUCGGCGUCGGAUACUCGUACGAUACGACGACACCCGGCUAUUUUCAAGCGAACGACGAUCAGACGGCCGAUCAGAAUCUUCGGGCUCUCACGAAUUUCUUCAAUGUCGCUCAGCCGAAAUUCAAAAAUCGCACAUUCUAUUUGUCGGGCGAGUCGUACGCGGGAAUCUAUAUUCCGAUGCUCACCGAUCUAAUUGUUGACGGAAUCAACAAAGGAACAUUCCCGAACACCCAUUUCGCGGGAGCUGCCAUCGGCAAUGGUUUUAUGAACGUCCGCCAACUUCUCAACUCGCUGACGCUCUGGAGUGCCUAUCACGGACGAGUUUCGGUUCAAGACUGGGAGCGCAUCAAGAAGGAAUGUGUGAAAGACCACGAUGUGGACUCGUUCGAUUUUUCGCAAUUCACCGUUUCGAAAAACAAUAUUGACUACGUUGGCGAUAAUUCGACGUGCGGAAAUUUGAUUCAGCCGUUGAUCUCGCAAAACGCGCAAGGCGACGAGGGAUUCGAUCAGUACAAUUUCUAUCAGGAAUGCUACGACAAAUCGGUGUUCGAGGCGCCGGCGCCGGGCCGCCGUCGAAAGACAAACAUGCUCCAUGGACAAUCGGCAGCGUUCAAGCAGUGCAUUUUUUGUCAAUUACAGCACGUGCAAACUCGCGCCGCGUUCAAAGGCACGACGAUAUUCAGCGCGAACACCGCCGAGCUCAUCAAUCGCAAUUCGAACGACAACCAAUGGGCGUACUUCUGCUGGAACGAGGACGCCGUGUCGGCGUACCUCAAUUUGGAGGAGGUGCAAGCGGCGCUCAACAUACCCGACGACUGGAGACAACAGAACAACAGUUGGCAAGAUUGUCGCGAUAGCAUCUACAACAAUUAUAAGCUCAAAUACGACAACACCAAACAGUUCUUCAAUUCGACGAUCGCGAAUCUCAAAAGCGAUUUUCGGUUUUUGAUCUACAACGGCGACGUCGACACGGUGUGCAAUUAUUUGGGCGACGCUUAUCAUAUCAAACAAGUCGCCGACGACAACGGGUUCAAGACGGGACCACGAACGCCAUGGUACUACAGUGCCAACAAGCAGCUCGCCGGAUACGUGCAGACGUACAAGGGGACCAACGCCCACAAGAUCACCAUCACCAUCGACGUGCUCACAGUCAAGGGCGCCGGCCACAUGGUCCCUUAUGAUCGCGCGGGACCAUCGGUUCAAAUGAUCUCGAAUUUCGUGAACUUGGCGUCGAAUGGUGCCAUCGAUUACACGUCGAGCGCCAACUUCGACACCGACAUCAAAUUGUCGCCGAUGAAAAGCGCCGUCGGCGAGCACUCAUUGCUCACCAUUGCUAGUUUAUUGUUGUUAUGUACAUUUUUGGAAUAA